AUGCCCAAUCAGUACUUGCCGCUGGUUCCAGAAGAACUUAUUAGACCUAGAUUGGAGGUGCUAUGGAGGAUGGAAGGGGGUAUGAGCGACAUCGUUAUGUGCGAAGAAUUACAGAAGGUUUUCGAUAUGUCAAACCUAUCCAGCUUCAAAAGAAUGAGGAAGCACAUGGGAUUUUUAAGCACAAGGCAGCAAAGGCACACCGUUGAAACGAUCGCUGAACCUAUGGAAGAGUUGAGGGAGCAUUUCCCGAAGGCAGGAUUCUUUGAAUUGAAGAAACAUUUACGAAUCGACCACAAUCUACUCUUUCUAUCUGCAGACUUCAACAAAUCAGGGAAAGUGGCACUCUGGGCCAAAUACUGGGUCUCACAAGCGGUCUACACUUGA